UCCAUAACAUCCUUUAUUUUACACUGGUCCAGCUCGCAUCUGCUAUAUUUCAAUCUCCAGCUUACACACCACUUACAGUACUAUCGCAUAUCCCUUACACACACAUUUAAUCCCUGACAAAAAACGUUCAAAAUGGCUAUGGCCCCGCCCCGCAAAGGCGAGAACUGGGAACUUCGCCAACAGCUGAACUCAGAGUACAGGGAUAAGCGGGCAGAUGCUAUCAAGAGAGUCAUUGCGAACCAUACCAUUGGCAAGGACUGUAGUGGCUUGUUUCCCGAUGUCGUCAAGAAUAUGCAAACAGAUGAUCUGGAGCAAAAGAAACUCGUAUAUUUAUAUCUCAUGAACUAUGCGAAGACACAACCUGAACUCGUUAUCCUUGCUGUCAACACUUUCGUCAAGGACACUGCCGACCCCAAUCCUCUUGUUAGAGCUCUUGCCAUCCGCACCAUGUCCAUCCUUCGCGCCGAGAAAAUCCUCGAUUACCUCGCUUCACCUUUAUCUCGAUGCCUCAAAGAUGAGAACCCCUACGUCCGAAAGACUGCUGCUCUGUGUGUCGCCAAAGUGUUUGAUUUGAAGCCAGAGCUGGCUAUCGAAUACGGGUUCAUUGAAACUUUGAGAGAUCUUAUCGGCGAUGGUAAUCCUAUGCCCGGCUCGCCAAAUGACGAUGAAUCUCCUAGCAGUGUCCGUCCCAAUCAAUCCCUUUUCAUCAUUGACCCCGCUACCCUUACCAAACUCCUUGUCGCUUUGAACGAAUGUUCUGAAUGGGGUCGUAUUGCCAUCCUCACCACCUUGGCGAGAUAUAGGACAAAUGACGAGAAGGAGAGUGAACAUAUCUGUGAAAGAGUGAUGCCCCAGUUUCAGCACGUGAAUGCGGCAGUUGUGUUGGGUGCGGUAAAGGUGAUCAUGAUUCAUAUGAAAAAUGUCACCAAGGAAGACCUUUUGAAGUCUCUUACUCGAAAAAUGGCUCCUCCAUUAGUCACCCUUAUCUCCUCACCGCCCGAGGUGCAAUGGGUCGCACUUCGUAACAUCAACCUCCUCUUGCAGAAACGUCCCGAUAUCCUUGCCAGCGAGAUGCGCGUUUUCUUCUGCAAAUAUAACGAUCCUUCCUACGUCAAGGUGGAGAAACUUGAGAUUAUGGUUAGAUUGGCGAACGAGAAGAAUGUGGACACUUUGCUUGGGGAGCUGAAGGAAUACGCGUCGGAAGUUGAUGUCGAUUUUGUUCGCAAGGCUGUCAGGGCGGUUGGCCAAGUUGCUAUCAAGAUCGAUGAGGCUGCCGGGCGAUGUGUCGAAGUAUUGAUGGAACUGAUCGAGACAAGAGUCAGCUAUGUCGUACAGGAGGCUGUCAUCGUCGUCAAGGACAUCUUCCGAAAAUACCCCCACUCAUACGAAGGUAUCAUCCCGGCGCUCUGUGCUAAUCUUGAGGAAUUGGAUGAGCCUGAGGCCAAGGCCUCUUUGAUUUGGCUCAUCGGCGAGUACGCAGAGAAGAUUGAGAAUGCGGACGAGUUGCUGGGAGCGUUCUUGGAGACUUUCAGUGAGGAAAGCUAUCCUGUUCAACUUCAAACCCUUACUGCGAUUGUCAAGCUGUUCCUCAAGAAACCUGAUGAAAGCCAGGCUAUCGUCCAAAAAGUGCUUCAAGCUGCUACAAAGGACUGUGACAGCCCAGACGUCAGAGAUAGGGCCUACAUAUACUGGAGAUUGCUGUCAUCCGACCCCGCCGCUGCCAAGUCUGUUGUUUUGUCAGUCAGACCACCUAUCAGUCUUCCUCAAACGACUGUCGCUCCUGCAAUCCUUGAGGAGCUUAUUGGCGAAAUCUCGACAUUGGCGAGUGUGUACCACAAGCCUGCGGCUACGUUCAUAGGCAAAGGUCGUUUGGGUGCAGACGAGAUGCACAAGAAGAGCUUGGAUGCCGAGGACGAUGUCUCACGCGAAAAGGCUCUUCAAGCUGUCGUUGCCGGUAACCAAGCCGAAAACCUGCUCGACUUUGACGACGAACCUACUCCUACCAACGGCGAAUCUUCCAUCCCUGCUCCGGGUGCGGGUUUGGGCAUCUCUUCUCAGGCUAUUGCGAGCGCAGCCAAGAGCACGAACCCGUUAGAUGAAUUAAUGGACUUGUUCUCCACUGCUAGCAUGACAACACCAGUCGUUCAACCUGGUCAGCCUGCAGCUCAGGCUCAAACGUCAGCUCAGAGUUCAGGGGGUUUGGGCGGGUUAAAUGGAUUGGCAGGGCUGUCUAGCCCACCGCAGAGUGUAUCGCCGCAACCCGGAGCUCCGCAAAGCCAGAAACAACAACAGCAGGCGGCGGCUCAAGAUGAUUUGUUGGGGUUGUUUUAGAUGAAUAACUGAAAAUGUAUGUUGAUAUGGGUCUUCAAGUGGUAAACGCCGCUUUCGUGUCGCAGUUGAGCUGAGUGAAGGCAUUGUGGCGGAGACACUUAAAUAAGAUGUAGAUGUGAGUUGAUAGCACAUAUUUUGCACGUAUUUCAAAGAUAUGGCAAUUCAAG